UUUGGAAUCGGAUCUUGAGUGUGUUUCGAGUGUGGAUGAAUAGGGAUGGAUGGCUGAGCCACCCCCCCAUUGUAGAGGCUUGAAGGGCUGUUUGUUUGUUUGUUUUUAGCUCGGUUGGUUUCUGAAUUCCAUUAUUUUAUAAACCAGUGGUUAUCUCCAACCGCCAUUGAUGGCCCUGUAUCCUUCCACUACUCUAUCUUCAUCAUCAUCAUCAUCCUCGUCAUCAACUUCUUCAUCUUCGUCGUCAUCAGAAUAAAAAAAGAAAGAUAGAACAUCUCUUGAUUCGCUUGUUUCGUUGGUUUUCUUUCUUCCGAACGAUAGUCUCUUCUUCGUCCUCUCCCCUCACUCAGAACAUAAUACCGCUACUGCUUCGACAGAACGAAUGAUUAGAAGAAGAGUCGUCUCAAUCGUUGGAAGAAAAAUGGAACAUCAACCUACUCCCUCCCCCUCCUCACUCGCCUCACUCCUCAACCCAGUCCACUCACCACCACCACCAACUCACCAACAACAACAACAACAACAGCAACAGCAACAGCAACAGUAUCCUCCUCAACUACAUCCACUCCAUCCACUCAAGAAGCUCAUCUCAGAUCGAAACCACCAUCCAACAAAACGAACCAAAACCACAUCAUCAUCAACACUCCUGUUCAUCGACCCCAAACCAAUGUCAACCUUAGUAGAAAACCAACUCAAACUCACCACAACCGAACAACAACCAAUCAUCAACAAACCAUUCAAACAAACUCAUAACAACAACAACCAUCCCCCUCAUUCAAGACCAGAAACCAACCAAAACAUAUCAUCAGCAACCUCAACAGCCUCAUCAGCAGCCUCAGGAUCAGUAACGAUCGAAAGCAAUCUAGAAGAAUCCAUCUUCGGAAUCGCACCCUUCAACGACUUCACCUGGACGAUCGCCCAAUUCAUAUGGCAACACUCACGAGAAUACUGGGAGAGAGGCGAAGGAGGACUGAUCGAGGUGGAAGCCAAGCUAGGGACGAUCAGGGACCGAAGGAGCCAAUCCUCGGAGCGGAUGGAAUACCCGAUAGCCACCGAGUCGCCGAUCCUGGACACCAGUCAGACCAAGUUCCAGAGCGACAUGCCCCCCAAACACCAUGCGACACUCAACAGACUCCUCAACCAACGGGUGACCGAGACGUGUUCGGCCGGCUAUCUGGGCGCCAAGGUCGACUAUCUCCAUCUCAAGGAGGUCGACGAGUUCCAUGAUGGCAAGGUCAGAGUCAGUCGCGAUUGGAGCGGAAAGAACCCCCAAUCACCGCCCCGCUCGAUCGUCAAAGAGAAACUCGCACAUCUCGAUAUCCAUUGUCCCGGCAGAUCCUUCGACUUCAGGAUCUCCGUCAAUGUCGAACAUCCCGUCCCUAUGCCUCCUGAACACUCUAAUCCUAGCUACAAACGGAUCAAGGAUCGUCUUUCGUAUUCCCAUCAGAUAUGUCAGAUCGAUCUGACUCAAGUGAAAUCAACAGAUCAGCAAAAGGGAUCGACAUCGACACACGAGGUAGAAGUGGAGUUCAAAGACUCGUGUGAGUUACUAAGAGCGGCGUCGGUCUGGGCGCGGGAGCAAGAAGAGGGCCCAGAGUCAGGGGCCAGACGAGCGAGUAAUGGGGAUCAGCAGCAUCCCGGAUCGGACGAGGACGGCGACCAGAGACCGCCCGGGUCGCGGAAUCUUCUUAGUCGCGAUCAGGAUCGACUCGACGCUCAGCAGUAUCUCCUCAUGGUCGAGGUCUUGUUGAAUAACGUUCGCAUGCUUAUUCGCAAUUGUUGAUCCCCCCCCCUCCUCUCUUUUCUUUCGGGCUCUUUUCGUUAUCUUAUAUAUCCUUUAAAUUAUUUUCGUUUGUCUAGUCCUAUACAUACAUUUUUUUUUUCUUAAGAUAUACAUAAGCCUGAUGAUUAUAUACAAAGUUCUUUUUAUAGAUACAUAUAUUAUAACCCGUUGAGCCUUUACUUUUGUUUCCAUUGUUGCUGGGCUGAAGAAGAAGAAGAAGAAAAACAAAGGAAACAGCAGCACA